CCACUCCCACUUGAUUUGGGCCUGAGUUCAAUCCGCCGAUAAAAUCAGCAUUUGCCCGUUUAAACCCUACGCACGCAGACCCGAAAGAAGCAAAAACCCUAAGAAGAAAAACGAUGAAACGACUUCUGCUUAGAAAUCUCCGUCUCUACGCUCGUACUCGUCUUCUCUCUCCUCCCUGCUACAAUCCGGGCCCUAGAUCCCAACUCGCUCCACUCGCUGCUUCGACUCGGCCCAGACUUCGCUUCUACUCGACCGAGUCUCCAUCGCACAACCAAGAGGAUGAUGUCAGUAACGAAGAGCUGAAAAUGCAAAUUGACAAGUAUUUUCGAGGGGAUGAGGAGGCCAUACCAUCAAUCUUUGAAGCAAUUUUGAAGAGGAAGUUGACGGGGAAGCAUGAAGAGGAUGAUGAAAAGCUCAUGGAAGAAAUUCCGGGGAAGAGGCAGGAGGAGCCACUGAGUGACAUAGAUGACGAACAAGAGACUAAAUCUGAUUUUGAUGAAGGCUCUGAAAGUGAUGGGUGAUGAAAGCCAAAUCCACGCUAUUUCGCCAAAACAACAAAGGCAGACAUUUACCCUAUAUAAGGAUUUGAGUAAAUUGGAGGAGUCAAGAGCUCACAGUCACAGGCCUUGUAACAAACAAGCUCUCUAGUUUUCAAAUAGGAGCAGUUAAUUUCUAUCUUGAUAGUCAGUCAGUCCUACACCCCUUAACGCUGUUAGAAACAAACUGUUUGUGGAAGAAGUUCAUGUGGUGUGGUGCGGAUGUUUCCUUCAUGUGGUGUGGGUGGGUGGAAGAAGUUCAAGGGCUUUACUAAUGCAGAAGAAAGUGACCCUAAACCCAUUGACGUUAAGCUUAACAUUUUGUUGUGUGUGCUGUGCAUUCAGAAAAGCCGACUUGAAUGCUUCCCAUCCUCUGUUCUUGAUUUAGUGUGAAGACUGAAGAUAUUAGCGUGCUCCUCCUCUUUGCUUAUUGUAUAUUCCAAAAUUACUUUAUUCAUAUCCUUUAAAUGAUCGAUUCGAACCC